ACCUGUUACACUGAAAGAAGUUUUGACUUUGAAAUUAUUGUUUUCUUUCUGUUUUUUGUUGUUGUUGUUGUUGUUUCCAGUUUGGACCUGAAAACAUGAAUAAGGUGGUUUUGGUGACAGGAGCGAAUAGUGGCAUUGGUCUGGCACUUUGUGAGCGUCUCCUCUGCCAGGACACAGAGGGCCUGCAGCUCUGUCUGGCUUGCAGGAACAUGCAUCGAGGUCAGGCUGCACGCUCUGCCCUCCUCACCUCUCACCCCGAGGCUCAGGUGGCCUUGCUGCAGAUGGACACCAGCAGCAUCUCCUCUGUCAUCAGUGCUGCACGGGAGGUCAGACUCAGGUAUAACCAGUUGGAUUACCUUUACCUGAACGCAGGGAUCAUGCCAAACCCACGGUUUGAUGUGAAAGCAUUUUUUAAAGGCCUCUUCUCCAGCAAUGUCAUCACCAUGUUUGCCACUGGCGAGGGGAUUCUGACACAGACAGAUGGGGUCACCGCCGACGGCCUGCAAGAAGUUUUUGCCACCAACCUCUUUGGUCACUUCCUACUCAUCAGGGAACUGGAGCCGGUUCUGUGUCACGCGGAUCAGACCUCACACGUGAUCUGGACCUCCUCUAGUAACGCUCACCGCUCAGCUUUUAACGUGGAAGACAUUCAGCACCUGAGGGGCAUCCAGCCCUACAGCUCCUCCAAAUACGCCUCGGACCUGCUCAGCCUGGCUCUCAACACACGCUACAACCAACAGGGUUUGUACUCGUCUGUGAUUUGUCCGGGUUUUGUGAUGACCAGCCUGACCUACAGCAUCCUUCCCUCCUUCCCAGCAUUCCUCUGGACCCUGCUAAUGCCUCUCUUCUGGCUUAUAAGACUGUUCACCAAUACAUUCACCCUGACACCUUAUAACGGAGCUGAAGCCCUGUUCUGGCUGUUUGAACAAAAUCCUGAAUCACUGAACCCACACGUCAAGUACCACAGUUUAACGUCUGGGCUAGGCAACAACUACACACAACCACGCAAGAUGGAUAUUGAUUUGGAAACGUCAGAGUCUUUGUAUGAGAAACUACUGCAACUGGAAAGUGAAGUAAAGAAGAAACUGGAGGAAAAAUUAAAAUAAUCCCAGACGUGUUCUUCUUUAUUAUCCUGCAGGGGCUCGACGGACACAACGCACAAGCUCUGUGAUGGAGAAUGUUAUUCUUCUGUUUCUUGGAAGCAAAAUUUACACUGUCAGGCUGUCAGACCUUAGACUCACUGCCCACUUUAUUAGGUACACCUGUUCAAUUGCUUGUUAAAUUGCUUGCAAAUGUUUAAUCAGACAUUUACGAUGCCUAGGUGAAGUUCAAAAUGAGCGUCAGAGCGGAAAGGCGAGGUGAUUUAAGUAACUUUGGACGCAACAUUUUGGACUAUGCCACAAACUUGUGAUCUACUGGGAUUUUCGUGUGGAACCAAAAGAGAAAAUGUCCAGUGAGCAGCAGUUACAGAGGCCCCAGUAACUCAAAGAACCACUUCUUACACGUGAAGAGCAUCUCUGAAUGCACUGCACAUUCAACUAUGAAGCAGCAGAAGAACACAACAGGUGCUACUUCUGCCACUUUAUUAGAAGCGUAUAAUAAAUGAUGAGUUGUAAUAAUUUACAGUGACUUCAUCAACAUGUACCUGGUUUUCUGUUUACAUCAGGCACAAAAUAAACAGUUUGUUGUGAUGAUGAA